GCAGUCAAACGUCGGUAUAAUCCCGACGGUCGCAGGUACAAACAAAAAUAAACAAUGGACAACAACACGAACAAAAUUAAACGUGGCAUAACUCUAAGUGAAAUAGUUCAGAAUUUCGAGAAAAAUUUAGGAUUCAAAAAUGAGAUAAAGUGGUCGAGUUUUAUAUUUAUAACUCUGUAUCAUGUGCUGGCUGUGUAUUGGUGUUACCACUACGCUUUCCCCGUGAAAUGGCAGUCCCUUAUUUUCGCUCUGAUUAUGUACGUGGCAUCUGGAUUCGGUAUAACUGGGGGCGCUCACCGUCUAUGGACACACAAAUCUUACAAAGCAAGGCUGCCUCUCAAACUAUUUCUGCUUUUAUGCUUCUCAAGUGCCGGCCAGAAUUCCCUUCUCCACUGGGUUCGCGAUCACCGAGUCCACCACAAAUACAGCGACACAGAUGCAGACCCUCACAACGCGAACCGAGGUCUUUUCUUCUCUCACAUCGGCUGGCUCAUGAUGAAGAAGAAUAACGAAGUCAUUCUCCGCGGAAAACAAAUGGAUAUGAGUGACAUCGAGAACGACCCGGUCAUUCAGUUCUAUGAAAGAAACUUCACAUUACUCAAGCUGACAUUCUGCUAUAUAGUACCCACGAUGAUUGGCGUUGUGUUGUGGAAUGAGGACUGGAAGUGUGCUGUCGCCUGGCAAUGUUUCAUCAGGUUCCUCGGCAUGUUCCACAGUGAACUCACUGUCAACAGCCUCGCACACGCUUAUGGAUACAGACCUUACAACAAGAAUAUAAUACCAGCUGAGAAUCGAUUUGUCGCUACAUGCACGCUCGGCGAAGGCUGGCACAACUACCACCAUGCGUUUCCCUUCGACUACAAGGCAGCUGAACAUUUUGACGUGCUCAACUUCGCCACAACUUUCAUAAGGUUCUUCGAGAAAAUAGGCUGGGCAUACGACUUGCGGGAAGCAAGUGCAGAUGUGAUUAAUUCCAUGGCAAAGAGAUUAGGCGAUGGCACUCCGGUCCAUUUCCCCGUCCCCACAGACACGCUAAACGAAAGAGCUGCUGGGUGAGAUACUGCUGUCUAUGUGACACGGAACUUUAAAAGCAGAAUACAGUCAACGAUGGUUAUACUCGAGUAUAAGUAUGCAGCAGUAGUCGACAAACAUAGAUAUAAUCAUAGAAACAUAUAAGACCA